UUUACGCGGCGCUUAGCAGUCAGCACUCGGCUCAGCAGUUGUGCUACAUAGUUGUGCCUGUGCCCAGAAAGUUGGAAACUUGGAAAUAUGCGCAAAGCGCAAUGCGCGUGUCGUUUCACAAUCAAAUGUUUUUAUUCGUCGUACCUACUACUCGUACACUCGUACUCGUACUCGUAUCCGUAGGCGUAAAUGCGUAAUCCGUAUUCCGUAUCCGUAUCGCUAUCGUCGACCGUGAGACCGUCAGACUCAGACCGUCGUUCAGCGAUCGCCGAUCAGCGCCCAGCGGGCCAUUAGUUCGGAGGUUGGUGUUGGUGUUGGUGUUUUACUGUUUUUUCAAUUUUAUCAUUUUGCCAAGUCGAAAAGUCGAAUUUGAAUGUUGAAGAUAUUCGUGAAUCGUGAUACGGCCGACCCAACCCGAGUUAAGCGAAACGAGGCGAGGCGAGGCGAAACCCAGUGCGAGUGCGAGUGAUUUAAAUCGAAGUAAUAGUAAAAUCAAGUGAACCGUUGGCGAAAGUUAUCAAAAAGUUGGAAAAUUUUCUUUACCGUUGGUUACGUACCAUAAUUACUUACCUAAUCAGUCGUCAGUCGAUGGUCGCAAUAAAUUAGACGUUAAAUUUACUCGUAAAGUCGUAGUAUAGGUUUUUAGGUAGGUACUCGUAUUUAUACUACAUUACUACGCGAUGAGUGCGAUUGAUAAUUGAUUGACCGACCGGUAUAUUUUGUACUACUCGUAAUUCUACUCGCACUCGCUGAUCGAAUCGUAAUCGUAUUUUCAUUUUUAUGAACUGUUGAACUUUCGUCGCCCUGUGCUGUGCUGUGCUGUGUCGACUUCCACCUUCCAGUCCGCCGCGCCGCAUGCCGCAUAACCGUGAAAAAUACGAGUAAAUAGGAAAUAGGCCUAAAUUAGCGAAUAAAAUAUAGGACGGCUAUACGAUUGCCGUUUUGUUGAAUCGUGAGUCGUCGUAGCGUAUUCUAAUUUUUCAACUUGUCGAGAAAUCUUCGAUUAUGGGUAAAAAAACAAAGAAAACUAAGUGGCGAACUUUGGAAAUUUCUCUGCCAGUAUCAGGCAAAAAUUAUCACGAAAACGGCGCCAAUUUGCAGCUGGACGACGGAUGGCGCGCGUCUUACUCGUAUGACAAAUAUCGACGAAACGCCGCCGGCUAUGAUAAAAUCGUCAAAACGUCCGCGUGCGAUGCAAAAAAUUCAUCUGUCGAACAAAAUCACGCCAAGGCACAAAUUGAAGACGAGUACACAAAAAUCACGACGCCUCGUCAGGAUGUACUGUUCAAAAAAGGCUAUCUUACAAGGCGUAAAACAUGGAGACAUACGUGCGACGAAAAUGCCGCCGAUAGUUUCGCUUCAAACGAAACGGCGGUUAAUUUAGGCGAUAUUCAAGCUCAAGCGGACUACGCUAGCCAUAAUGGCGACGAAGAAUUUUGUGAUUACGCGUCUAUGACGACGGAUGGUGGCAGCCGUUUGCCGUCGUUGUCGCCUGUGCAGCCCCAGUCGCACUCGCACUCGCACUCGCAGCAGCUCUUGUGCGCUACUUCUCAGCCUUACAUAGACGCUUCCGCAGCUGCAGCCGCAACCGCAACCGCCCUUUAUUACGGCGGUGGUUAUGAAAUUUACGAUCCGUACACGGGCAGUGUAACCGCGCUGGUGGUCGGUGCGACACCGACGGCGAGCAGCGCCGCUGCCAGCGCUGCCGCCGCCUCUUGUCAACCCCUUUUAACGUCGAUGCCUUGCAGACCUGUGCCUUUGCACUCGCUCCAGUGGUUCAAUCCUGUACCGUCUUCGAAUGAAUGGUGUUGCGACGCCAACGCCGCCAGUUCCUACGCUGCCAUCGUCGACGACGCCGAUGCCGAUGCCGGUGACGGCGAUUCCGCUGCAAAAGCAUCGCAUUCCGGCGAUUCUACGAACGCCAACACAUCAGCUUCCGAAUCAUCGUCUGUGGCCGAAAAUACGACACCUACAACCGGUGCCGGUGGCGACGUUGCUGCGUAUUCGCCGCAUCCUCCGCAUCCUGCGCAUCCGUCUGAGUCGUAUAUUUAUCCGAGUUAUGUGUUUGGAACGGCCGCCGUGUAUAGCAUAGAAGACGAUGGUACCAACGUUCGAUACUGUUCGCCGGAAAGCUCGAUUUUCAACGGCAACGAAUCGGCCACUACCAAAAGGAAGAAGAGAAGAAAACGACGCCGACGCUUCGGGGAAACCGAGGACGAUUCUGAAUCCGGCGUCGAAGAAAAUCACGACGAAUACGUUUUCAGCUGCGAGAAUCAAGUCGUCGAUUACGCUCACGACGAGCUCGCUGCCACCGUUCACGUUCACGUUCAAAAUCAAUCAAACUAUUCGCCAUUCGGUUCGCAAAAUGCGCUUCACGGUCACGGUGGUCGCCAUUGUACUAGCUUUCCGCAUGCCAGCAUAAACGCGCCGCCUUUCGUACCCGCUAAUUGUGGCGGCGGCGGCGGCGGCGGCGACGACGAUCUAUCUUGUUGCAGGUCAAACGACAAAUACGUCGAUAAAGUCGAAAAUAAAUCGGCGGCGGCGGUGGCGGCGUCGAUAAACGCCGUCGACUCCAAAGUGCGCCGCGAAACGUUCGUCGACGGUGAAAAUCAAUCGCCGACCGAUUCGCCGUCCAGUUCCAAUAAUUCCGAUUCCGGCAUCAGUUCUCCCGGAAUCGAGGAUUGCCCUUCUAUCGGCGGCCAAGACCACGAUUUCAGAAAAUCCGUCCAAGCAGAUCGAUCAAAAACGAGCUUCAACAACAAUUUAGCCACCUCGCCGGUAAUGCGGAGUGGCGAUGGCGGCAAAACCACCAGCGGCGCCGCCGCCGCAGCCGCAGCCGUUAUUCCGGCGGCAGUGGCGGCAGCAGCAGCCGCCGGCGACGCCCCCGCCGCCACCCUGUCCCCCGACGAUAAGGCUAAAAUAUGUGAUAGUAGUUACGCUAGUGCCGAAGCUAAAUGCGGUCUCGAUGAUAAACCGCUAAAGAAAAUACGCGCCAAAAAUACGAGUAGCCGCGUCAAACGGUGUCAUUCGAAGAACGAAGAGCGUUACCGUAGGCGUAGCGUUUCCGAGAGAGACGGCGCCACCGCCACCGCCGCCGCCGCGGCUUCACUCGAUUUGGGGGCGACCGAUCGCCGUGUCGACGACGAAAGCGUCGACUGCGCGCAGAGUGUCGCCGUGUGCGACCAACAGCCGCCGAGCGCCACCGAAAACCGUUCGAAAAAGUCGACGAUAAUAAUUGAAACUACUCCGCGAAUCGAAAGAGUCGAAAGAGUAGCCGUCGCCGAUGAGAAUUCGACGAAAUGUUCGUCGAGUGCGAAUGAAGAGCGUUCUUCGCCAAACGAAAAGAAUCGUCGCCGCUACGAAAGCGAAAACGGCCGAGUUAUCGAUACGAUAAGCGACGUAGUCGACGGAAACGAGCCGCAGGCGGCCGAAAAUGACGCGUCUCAUCUUCACGGCGAUCCGUUCGAAAAUCAAAUCGCAAAUUGCGACCAAACUGACGCGUAUGCCGUCGAUCCGAAUGAUGCGGCGUUAUCCGCAUCGUCGCUAUCGCGCGCCGUCCCCCAACAAAGUACCUGUUGGCCGAAAGCGAACGUCAACGUCGACGUCGACGUCGACGCUAGCGAGCGAGCAGCCCCGCAAGAUGGCAGCGUAAACCAAGACUCGCAAUCGCGACACAGCAGCGAGCGCGUCGCGUUGGCGGCGCGAAUUUUAGUCGACGAAAUAGUGCAGCGAGCCGAAUCGCAGAUCCGUAUGUCGACGACAAAAUGUGAUAAACUUCAGUUACCUUUAACUCAGGCUGUGACUAAUUGGCUGAACGAACGCGGCGGUUUGCCCGCCGCCGCCGCCGCCGCCGUCGACGGCUUCGAAAUCAAAAACCAUCGCCGAUUGUUUUCGACGCAGCCGCCCUCGGACGAGUCUCUCGACGACGAAACGACCGUAUCGCGCCUCUCGCAAAGUAAAGAAACGGUCGAUAAGUCGAAAACGUCGUCGUCGAAUUGCGUGAUUUGUUGAUCUACGAGUAAUACGUAGGUAUCUACUGUAAUAUCGUAUUAGCCAUUCGCCAUUCGCCAUUCUGUCUAGUGAGUCGAAUUCGUAGUUGGCGUCGUGAACCAACGAUCGACUCGUGACUCGCACUCGCAGCACGCGCGUGCCGCAGCGAUCGAAUUAGCCAAAAGGGCCGUACGAAUCGGGUUUUUAGUUGUUUGCGGUUGCGCUUGUAACGGAUCAAACUUAUUUGUACUUGAAAAUGUAAUAAUUUGUAAUUUGCAAAAUUUCACUUUCGUUUUUUUCUCGGCUGGCCGGAGUACGUAUGUCGUAUACCUUGCUAUGUGACUACUCGCACGUAAUAUGCGAGCAAAAUGCCUAAUUAUUGGAAAAAUUUCAAAAAUUGUCGUAUCGAUCCCGAUGUAUUCCGUCUUCCACUCUGCGGUUUAAAUAUCUACCUAGAGUAUACCUUGCUAUGCGACUACUCGCACUAUUCGCAUUCGCAUUCGCAUUCGGAAACGUAUAACGUAUGCCACAGUUUGUUGAUUAGCAGCGACCGAUACGCGCGCAUCGGUUUUACCUAUUUUUUUUCUCGAAUUGGGCGGUUUGUAUCGUAGUUCGUAGAAAGCUGUUUUUACUAUCACCGGGGAGGGCGAAGGCCGAAGGGCAAUUCGAAUUUGAAUUUCUCGCUGCGAAAUCGUCGCAUAGCAUACUCGAUUCGAGUUUUCGUUUGAUUCGUAUACGCAAUUACGCAGACACGCCGGGUAUAAUACGCGUACAACCCGCGUACUAUACACAAUACACAUACACUACAGUUAUACUCGUACAAAAUAUGACAAUACCGGAUGAUGUAUGGCGUAUGACUCGUAAGUCGUAGUCGCCUCGGUAGUCGGUACCAAUCACCCAGGCCUGCGCGGAUGGCUAAUCGUAUUAUGUAGUAUAUAAUACGUACAUAGACGUACAUACUCGUCUCGUACACCUACAUAGGAAGCUUCGGGCGCGACGUUGGAAAGUUAUGCCUGUCUCACGUUUGGCAUCGAAGCGAUAUGUAAUGUACCCAAGUACAGUAAUGUAUAGGAAGGUUGGAUUCGCGACUCGCGACACGCGACACGCGCCGGCGCUUGUAAUUAAGCGAUUAAUAUAGGCUUAGAUAUACGAUGAUAAUACUGUAGGUAGAUAGAGUAGAUAGAUACUGCUGCGUAGUGCGUAGGUCUAGGUAGACACGGUUUAUCGGUUUAAAAAAUAAUAAUCAUUCGUACGUACGAACGUACUCGUACGAUUACGAUAUACAUACAUAUGUGAUUAUGUCGUACGUAUUUCUAAUCGUUCGAUUAGUGCACGCAUUUCAACAUACGCGCCUUACUUCAUCAGCCGAAUACUUACUCGACAAAUUCAACGAUUCAAGACUGCCUUCAUGUCCCCUCCCCUACUCCUUCCAAAUAAGAAGGAAAUCUUUACGUUAUGUAUUUUACAUUUUAUUUGUAAUCUGUUAUUUAUACCAAGUUGAAUAAAUUACACGUGGCUGAUGUUUACAUAA